AUGCUCGAGCAAAUCAAGGAUAAGUUCUGGAAUCUGCUCGAUGAAAAGACAGCUGAAGUACUGUUACAAGAAGCCAUAGUUGUCGCGGGUAACCUCAACGGUCACAAGGACGUAGCUGCCAUGGGAGGCUUUGGAUAUUGGUCACUUAACACUAAUGGCGAGCGAAUUCUCGAAUAUGCAGAUUCGCAUAAUCUCGCCAUUAUUAACACGAGAUUUCGCAAACGUGACUCUCAUCUCAUCACCUUCUAA